GCUCACCAGUUGGGAUGCUGAAGCUGAUCUUGCUGCUGUCCGGUCUUGGGUACCAACCAGUGGAGCAGAGAAGCCGAAGCUGGACCAGGAUGCAUGUGAUGAUGCCAUAUCGUGCAUCCACCGUCUUCUGCGGGGGGAAGCUGCAAAUGUGGAUGGAUGUCGAGAUGUGUUCAUGGUGGAUCCUCUCGUGCCUACGCAAGCGUGUCCGGCGCCAGAGACGGCAGUUCCCUUGACGCAGGAGGCUGUGGACGAUCAGGCCCCGCCAGCAAAGAGGUUGCGGCGAGAGAAAGACUUGCGUCGCAAUGACUUCUCCAGCAAUGCACUGUGCUCAGGCAGAGGAAUUUGCAAGGGUCGCAAUGUGUUUCGCUUGGGAGCUGAGGCAGGGUUGGCUUCCUUAGGCCCUCAAGGUGGCACCUGGACUGGCGUAAAGCCGCCUCCUGAGCAUGAAGCCGCAGUUGUGACACUUCUGCGAGAGCUGUUUGAGAAUAACAUGCAGGGGGUGGAACCAGCUAUAAGGAAACGUGGAGUGGCAGAGAUCUUUGACAUGGGUAAGUGUGAAGCUGCUUUGGCAUUGUUGCGCUAA